GACAUGCCUCGGAGCCCCACGUCCAGUGAGGAAGAGAUGGCCCAGAGUCUGUCGGAGGGUUCUGGAGGGUCCGAGUCAGACAGCUCCAAGGACGAGGCCCGUGUGGAGAGGCCCAGCAGGAGAGCAGAUAGGCUUGGCAGGAUACCCCAGGACACCCUGGCCAUCUGUGUGGUCAUCCCUGACCUGCAGCAGUCUACAUGUCUGAGGUUUGAUCCAGACACCACGGUGUGGGUUGCUAAGCAGCAGAUCCUGUGCUGUCUGACCCAGCCGCUGAGAGACGUGCUGAAUUAUGGUCUGUUCCAGCCGGCUGUGGAGGGACGCCAGAGCGGCUUCCUGGAUGAGGAGAGGCUGCUGAGGAGCUACCCCACCCCCACCUGCAAGGGGGUCCCCACCCUGGAGUUCCGCUACAAGAGCAGAGUCUACCAGCAACCCAACGUCAACGAGAAACAGAUCGCCAAAAUUCAUACACAGGCCAAUCUAAAGAAGUUUAUGGACCACAUCCAGCACCUUCAGCUGGAUAAGGUGGAGAAGAUGCUGGAAAGAGGACUGGACCCCAACUAUCACGACCCAGAUACUGGUGAGACACCCCUGACCUUUGCGUCCCACCUGGACAGUGUAGUGCCCAUGAUCGUGGCACUGAAGAAUGGAGGAGCACACCUGGACUUCAGGGCCCAGGACGGCAUGACGGCCCUCCACAAGGCUGUCCGGGCCAAGAACCAGGCCACUCUCAAGGCUCUGCUGGACCUGGGCUCCUCGCCCAACUAUAAGGACAGCCAGAGCCUGACGUCUCUAUACCACACGGUGCUGGUAGGGGGAGACCCAGCCUGCUGUGAGCUGCUGCUCCGAGCCCACGCCAUGCUGGGCUGCCAUGAUGAGAACGGCUGGCAUGAGAUACACCAGGCCUGUAGGUAUGGACACAUAAAGCACUUGGAACAUCUGCUGUCCUACGGAGCAGACAUGAGUAUUCAAAACGCUUCUGGAAACACAGCCCUGCACAUCUGUGCACUCUACCGACAAGAACACUGUGCCAGGGUCCUGCUUGUUGGAGGGGCCAGUAAGGAGGAUCAGAACCACAAAGGCCAGACACCGUUUCAGGUGGCCAUUGUUGCAGGGAACUUUGAACUGGCAGAGUUCAUCAAGAACUACAAAGGGAUUGAUACUGUGCCUUUCAGGGAGCCGCCGUCCCAGCAGCCCCUUCGCCAGCAGCCCCCCCGCAGCUCCCUUGCGGCCCCCCGCGUGCUGCUGCGCUCCAACAGCGACAACAACCUCAACGUCCACUCCUUCAAGCUGCCUCCGGACCGCUCUCCGCUACCCUCCCCGUCUGCCUCCCCCCUGCGCAGCCUCUCCCCUCGCAGACCCCCCCAGAUGCAGAGCAGCCCCAACGGCACCAUCAAGACUGUUGGCGGGGUCAAGGGCGGGCGUCCUCCGCCCAGGAGCCGCUCCCCCUCCCUGGGGCGUCUGGGGGAAGAGGGGCGGAGACACCCCCCUCAGCGCCAGCCCAGUCCUCACAGGGGUCGUGAGGCUCUAGCAGGCCAGGAUCCUCAGACCCAGAAGAGGAAGUUGUACAGUGCUGUUCCAGGCAGACACUAUGUGGUGGUGCGGCCCUACCAGCCCCAGGCAGAGGGGGAGAUCAACCUCUACAAGAAUGACCGGGUCAAAGUUUUGUCAAUCGGAGAGGGGGGUUUCUGGGAGGGCAGUGCCAGAGGGAAUGUGGGCUGGUUCCCUGCUGAGUGUGUGGAGGAGAUCCCUACCCAGGCCCAAGAAGAGAGGCCAUAUGCCAGAGCUGAUCGGGCUGAGAGGAGAAAGCUGUUUAGACACUACACUGUAGGAUCGUACGACAGCUUCGAUGCAUCAAGCGACUGUGUUAUUGACGAGAAGACGGUAGUUCUGCAGAAGAAGGAUAAUGAAGGAUUCGGGUUUGUGCUACGAGGGGCUAAAGCGGACACCCCCAUCGAGGAGUUCACCCCAACCCCUGCCUUCCCCGCCCUGCAGUAUCUGGAAUCUGUGGAUGAGGGCGGAGUUGCGUGGCAGGCGGGGCUUAGGACAGGAGACUUCCUGAUAGAGGUCAACCAGGACAACGUGGUAAAGGUUGGCCACAAGCAGGUGGUCAAUAUGAUCAGACAUGGGGGAAACCACCUGAUCAUCAAAGUGGUGACGGUCAGCAGGAAUCUGGACCCAGACGACACGGCCAGGAAGAAAGCCCCCCCUCCUCCAAGAAGAGCCCCCUCCACAGCCCUGUCCAUGCGCUCCAAAUCGAUGACUUCAGAGCUGGAGGAACUAGAUAAAGUGGAUGAGAACAUGCCCCCUCAUAAGCCAGUGUGGGACAACUCUAACAUGGACAUGAGGGUGGCAGCCGUUAAGCCCCGCCCCUCCAGCAGGUGCUUUGCCAUGAGCCCAGAGUUAAAUUCAAUGUGUGAAAGCCAGGAAGUGUGCAUGCAGGCAUCUCCUGUACCAGGAAGUCCACGAGCAGGCUACCUGGGGGUUCCCAAGGGCACCAUGAGGAGACAGAAGUCCAUAGGGAUAACAGAAGAGGAGAAACAGUUCCUAACUCCUCCUAUGCUGAAGUUCACCAGGAGCCUCUCCAUGCCCGACACUUCCGAGGACAUCCCCCCUCCCCCUGCCAUCUCCCCUCCAUCACCCCCCUACAACAACACCCCCGCCCCUAAGGGCCGAGGCUACAUGCGCCCCGGGUUCACCCAGAACUCCACACCCAAGGGACCAAGCCCAGAGCAAGGAGACCCCCAGUGGAGGGGGGGCGACGAGGGGACAUACUACCGAGAGCCUCCUGAGGAGUACCAGUCGGAGAACUACAACAACCACUCUAUGACCGCCCAGCAGAGCUUCCUCAACCGGCGGGCCCAGAUCCCAGAGAACCCCUACUCAGACCUGGGCAAGCUGGGCAACAUGGGCCUGUUCGUGCCCAACAAGCCUGCCAGGAGGAAGGGCAUGCUGGUGAAGCAGUCCAAGAUCGAGGACAGCCCUGAGAAGAGCUGCUCGUCCAUCCCCAUCCCCACCAUCAUCAUCAAGGAGCCAUCCACCAGCAGCAGUGGGAAGAGCAGCCAGGGCAGCAGUAUGGAGAUUGAGACCGGCAGCCUCCACCCGGACCACCCGGGCCAGCUCCGCCCCGACGACGGGAACAACCCCAGCAGCCCCUUUGCCACAGCCAUGGCGGGCGCAGUCCGUGAGCGCGAGCGGCGUCUGGAGACCCACCGGAACUCUGUGUCGUUCCGGUCCACGGACGAGGAUGCCCCCCCUUCCCCCGCCCCGCGUCUCCGCCACUCCAAGUCCAUCGACGAGGGCAUGUUCAGCAGCGAUGAACGUCUGCGGAGACUCAUGGCCCCGCCCUUCUCGCUGCUCAGCAUCCCCAGAGGAGGAGGGAGCGGGGGAGGAGGAGGAGGAGGGAACGUGACAGACUUCAACACCCCUGAACCCACCAUGGUCAGAGAGGUUCUGAACACGCGCACGGGCCAUCACAGCCCCCUCAGCCUGCCUGCCAAGACCUACAGCUCCUCCCCCUCUGCCUCCCCGUCUGCCUCACCCUCCUCCUCGGGAAACUACGUCCACCCAGUCACAGGCAAGCCUCUGGACCCCAACUCCCCCCUGGCGCUUGCCCUGGCAGCCCGAGACCGGGCCAUGAGGGAGCAGUCCCAGCCCCUCCCUCUGAAGAGCGAGCCCCCCAAACCAGACCUGAACAAGCCGCUCUUCAUCGACACCAAGCUCCGAGCCAACAUGGACGUCGGCUUCUCCAGCGUCACAGCGACCGUAGGCCGGGCGGGGCAGAGGGGAGGGCUGCGGCGGCAGAUGACGGAGGCCAAGUAUGAGACGGACUCCAAGUACGAGCACCCCCUGGGGAAGGAGGAGAAAAAGAGGGCAGAGGAAAAGAAGAAAAUGCUGAUUGACAUUGUGGACACGUCGCAGCAGAAAUCCGCCGGACUGCUUAUGGUCCACACCACGGAUGGAGCACGCUCUGAGGACAACAGCCUGUCAGAGGGGGAGAGGGACGGGGCGGCAAGCCCUGACAGCACGCCCAGCGAGCUACGGGACCCCAACCAGCCUGUCCACCCGAAACCGCCGGCUCCAAACCCCCACAGGCCCCUAGGGCCCCCAGGGCUCCGCGGAAAAACCAUCAUCACCAUCAGCUCGGUGGACGAGCCAGUCAAACUUCCAUUUGGCAUCCCCCCUCCCCCCCUGGCAUCCGUAGACAUCGAGGAGGAGUUUUUUGGGGACCCCCUCCCUCCACCCCUGGAGUUUGCCAACAGCUUUGACAUCCCCGAGGAGCAGGCUGGUGCCAUUGCUGAGCUUCUCAAACAGCAGCAGAACAAGAAUGCCUCCAGAGCCACCUCCCUCGGCCCCUUCUACCCCCACCCCGCCAUGGGCAACACCGACAUCAAGCGCCCUGCCGUGCUCACCAACUGUAUGCCUCCCAGCUUCCCCCCUGCCCCCCUGGAAAGCUACGAACCAAUCAGCGACUCUGGGAUUGAGGAAGUGGACAGCCGUAGCAGUGGAGACCCUCAGCUGGAGACGACCAGCACUGUCUCCACCGUGUCCAGCAUCUCCACUCUCUCCUCGGAGGGCGGCGAGGGCCUGGACACUUGCACGGUCUACGCAGACGGUCAGGCCUUCCUAGUGGACCGUGCCUCCAAGCCAAAGGUCAAGCCCAGCCACGCCACCCCCUUCCACCUGGCCAACAAGAGCAACGCACUUUACAACAAGGAAGCCUUGAUGGAGGACAACCUAAGAACUUUCGGGGCGCCCCCCUCUGUCCCCCCUCCUCCCCCCCCUCCCCCGGGAGAGCCCCCUAAAACGCCCACCCAGAGGACGUCCAAGCUGUGGGGUGAGCCCCAGAUGGGCGAGCAGAAGGCCGCCCUGGGGGACCAUGGCAACAAGGAGCGAACAUUGAAGUCAGGGGAGGGCGUAGACUCAGGGACACGGACAGUGUUUGGAUCCAGGGGUCCUGAGUGUGUGUCCCUGUCCUCAGGAACACAGCGUAACACCACCGUCACCUUCUCCCAGCUGAGUCAAAACACGCCUGCCCCCUCCAGCCUCCCACCAUGCCCCUCGCACCAUCAUGCCCCUAGCCCCAUCCUCUCUCCCCCGGACUCAGGCCUGGGCUGUGCCUCCUCCUCCCUCCCUGUCUCCUCUGCCACCUCCCCCACCCUAACAGACGUGUUCGGCCUGCCCACGCCCCCCCUCAGCCUGGGUAUGGGACGCAGCCGCUCCCCCUCGCCGCUCACUCUCAUACAGGCUCCCUCCAAUAAGCCCUUUGCCACCAAGCCCGUGCUGAUGUGGAGCAAGCACGAUGUGGCGGACUGGCUGGAGAGCCUGAACCUGGCAGAACACAAGGACGCCUUCAUGGAUAACGACAUUGAGGGAAGUCACCUGCCCAGCCUGCAGAAGGACGACCUCAUCGACCUGGGCGUGACGCGCGUGGGCCAUCGUAUGAACAUUGAGAGAGCUCUGAAGCUGCUACUGGACAGAUGAGACCUACAGGAUGAGGAGGAGAGAAUAGGAGAAUGAGAGCUGCUACUGGACAGAUGAGACACACAGGAAGAGAAGGAGGAGGAGGAGAGAAGGAUGGUGGAAUGAGGAUGAAGGGGAUGGGGGUCUACUCGUCCAGCACCACACCACUGCUUCACCACUAGCUUCUCUACUUUUGAUCCGUCCGUCAUCACCCUUUCUUUUGACUGACCUGAAAAUAUCCAGUUUGAACUGUAUAAUUAUUCUAAUGCUUAAGAGUUCAUAUACACGUACAGUACAGGAGGCAGUGUGACAUCAGGCUACCCUGCAGUUCCUGGAUAAGCACAACAUUCCUCAUCUGGAGGGGGAGGGUCCCAGGUGACAGGAACAGGAACAGGAAGGCUACAACAGGAGAAGAAACCCUUAUGUUGUGGAAUAUACAGUCAAAAUCAAAAGAAGAAGCUCGUCGCUAUGGGAGUUUUGAAAGAAAAACUAAACUUUUGAUAAUCCACCUUGUUUGGAUGCAAAAACAAAUCUAAAAAAGGAUUGCUGAAGAUUUGUAAGAUUUCUACUCUAUCUUUGCUAGAAAGCUGGUGGAAUAGCUUAUCAGGAAUAACAAGGGGUUUACACUGGGGCUCCAGGGGACCCAACUAGGGAUCUGUGUGGUAUGGCCCUCUGUCCUACACAUUCCUGAGGUAGCAGGCUAUACUGGAGAAUCCUGCAUUUAAGACCUUGCCCAUUUCUUCUAGCUAUGUAGGACACACCAGGUUCAUCACUGAACUGGUAUAGAGAUGAGAAGUUCACAUUAGUUAUAUAUCACCAUCACAAUUUUUCUGUAUAUUUUAAUUGUAAAAAAUCGGUUGUGUUCAGUUGAGGUUUGACAUAUGAAUCAUUGCGUCUUCCGCAGGAAGCUAAAACGUGUGCCAACUGCUCCCCCUGUUGUUCAAAACAUGCAUGGCAGAGAACCAGGCCGGCAAUCCAUCAGAAUUGUAACCAUCAUCCUUCUACACCCUCACUGCCUCCUGCUGUAUGUCCUCUGAGAGGAAUGGGUCAAGCAUAAACAAAAUGGUUGGCCACUCAUAAAGAAGGCAAAGUGAAGCAGAUGUUAUAUAACUGAUAUACCCUUCCUGUUUUGUUAGAGAUAGAGGAGAGUUGUGAAGGAAGUGAGGAGUGAGUUUUAGAAUACAUCAUAUCAUUAGGUCCCUAAGCUUGCUGCAGAGUACGGUGGAUGUAAACCUGAACAACCAAGGAGCAAUCAAGUAAUGGACUACUUUAAUACUAAGACUAAAGUGUAUGCACUGUUUCUGACAACACAUAAGAAAGGUUUGAGAACGAAGAUACAACAGUAGGUCAACUGGCUCGACUUUUCUGCUCCUGUGUUUUGUGUAUGAUACUAUUGAAAUCCUUAUUUAAUGAUGGUGUUUGGUUGUGUUUGAUAAUAAUGAAGACAAAUAGGCUAGUGGUCAAGAAGACGUCCAAUCUAGAGAGAACUUCUUGUGUUAGAGAUGAGGUAUUUAUAUUGCAGUGACACUCUGAUACACACUGACAGGUCUGCAUCGAGUGCUCUGUUUGUGGACUUCACUAGUAGUCCUACUGGUGUCUAACUUAUAGUAAGUUUUAUAAACCUGUAGUUUCUCACUUUAAAAGAAAGUAUAUAUAUAUAUAUAUAUAUAUAUAUAUAUACUAUCGUGUUUGUUUUCCCACUAUCUUGCGGAGAGGCAGAGGAUCUACAGCCCUACACAUAGGUCCAAACACAUCUGGAUCUCCAUGGAUGGAUUAAGGAGCAGAUCUGGAUCAAUUACAAAGAUCCAUUACAUGAAAGUGAUUUCCGUGUGUUUUAUUGUCUCAAAAAUGGCGCUAACAGGACUGAUCAAAUGGUUCCAUUGCAGUAGGUAACACAAUCAAACAUACUCAAGUGUUUGACCAUAUCUUAAUGUAGUAAAUGCUCCAGAUCUGAAAGUAGAACUUGAUAUUUCCCAUCGAGUUCUCUCCAGCGUACAGUACAGAACUCAUCACACCUCCUUAAUGUAUGAAAAACCUCUCAAAGACGUCAGGAGAAUCCACGCUAUAAUUAAAACAUUUGUUGAAUAUUCAUUUCAGAGCACAGUACACAUUAGAUUAGUCUUGUUGUAGAGGUGGAUGUGAGCGUGUCAGUGUAGGAUGGGAGGGGUGGGGGUCUUACUGGGAGGGGAGGGAUGUUACUGUGAUGUGGACCAACUGAGUAACGACAUUAACGACUCUAUUGGAAAUAGGUAGAAUAUACAGAGUUAGUGUUUAUUACCAGGUUCAUCAGUAUUCACCGUCGAGGGCACGUUUGGAAAAAGAUCUUAUGUUAAGAAUCACGGGCACAGUAUAUUUUGAUGAUGUAGAGAUAUUUAUUGAAAGGGUAUAUUAUUAUGUGUGCUAUCAUACUUAGAGAGGGCAUUCAGAGAGAGACAGAAAGAUACGGUUAAGAAGCAAUAUAAUAUAUUAAUUCUGUCUCAAGUUGUUUUUAGUUUUCUUAUCCACGUAAAUGAUGUAACAGGAUAUAAUUCUCUCUAUUUUUGAAAUUUAUAUAAAUGACUUAAUCCAUAUUCCUUAGAGCAUAUUUGAAACUUUUAGCAACCGAUAGUCACAUGUAUUUAUUACUAAGCCUCUGUGAUUUAAUGCUGGUUUAAAUUAAUAUUGCAUAGUUUGUGCAUCAUGUGUGUAAAAAAGAAGAGAUUCUCAGGCUGUAAAUUUAUACACUAUCUGCUUAGAAACUUUACACUAUUCUGACCAAGAGGAAUCUAACAAGCCACAGGGUGUGACUGUUGAUGUGGUACACAGGAUGACCUGCAGGGGGUGCUGUGUUUGUAAUGUGAUGCUGUCUGGUCCCACAGUGCAUCGGAACAUCCAGGAGGCUCAAACCUGGCCCCUAACCCGGUCAAGAAACAACCCCUGGUUCUCAUCCAACAGAGUUGGGGGGAAGGUGGUGGGGUUACAUCCGGAGGCUGGCUGAGAGAACCAUCUAAGACUGCCCCAGGGAUGGGGAGUUUGGGGUCGAAGGGGCAGGUGGAGUGAUCUCUGUCUCUGUAUUUAAUAAGAUAGCUACUGGGGUGGGGUCAGCGCUGGGUGAUUGUGUCUGGGAUCCAGGUCUUAAGAUUGCUGAGUACUUGAACCAGCAUCCCUGGCCAUGUCAGGUUGUGUGGAACGGUCAAAGGUCACAGCAUGGGCGAUAACACCCUCGGUACCCGUCUGAAACUGACACCGAGCUCAUCGUUAUCAGUGUCACUGUGUCCCCGGCUGGUCCCAGGUCAGCUGGGAGGGGCCAUAGCAGGAACACAGUGGGUAGGUGAGCGGGCGGAAACAGGCUUGAGAUGAGGUUUCUGUAAACAUGCAGGUUGACAGCGACUCCAGGCAUGGUGCCCGCUCCUGUUUAAGUCUCCAUAGUAACAGACUGUCAACCUAUUUUUUGUUAACUUACUUUCAUGCUCUAUCUAUGUUGCUGUAAUUUAGUGCUACAGAUCAUUUUACUUUUAAGAGCAGAUUAUUGAGAUCAAAGGAAUAUAAGUAUUUGUGACUGCACUUUGCCCUCUAGGUCAACAAUGCUCUUGUAUGGAAACCAAAAUGUAAUGGAGGAAAUAAAUAUCAUAUUGCACAAUA